AUGUCGCCGGCUUCAGCUGCAGCCCAGGCUUCUGUGUCGGUCUCGUUUGACCUCAAGGCGGAUACUCCGGUCCUUCAGGGCCUGCGCCUGGUGAGCCACGCUCCCGGGGAGGCUCUGGCCCAGGCUCUGCAGAUUUCCUGUCCAGGUUCAGGGGAGAGAAUAAGCCCAGAAAGAAAACCACUCCAGGGUCCUCUGGGUAUUUCAGAGAAGUUGUUUUGUUCAACCUGUGACCAGACCUUCCAGAACCACCAGGAACAGAGGGAACAUUAUAAGCUUGACUGGCAUCGGUUUAACCUAAAGCAGCAUCUCAAGGACAAGCCUCUCCUGUCUGUCCUGGACUUUGAAACGCAGAGCUCCACAGGAGAUCUUUCCAGCAUCUCAGGAUCAGAAGACUCGGACUCAGCCAGUAAGGAGGACUUGCAGAUACUGGAUGAGGAGAGGGCUGAGUUUGAGAAGCCUAACCGACCCUGAGGCUUCUACCCGCAUGGGGUUCUUUUCCAUGCCCAGGGCCAGUUUCUUUAUGCCUAUUGUUGUGUCCUAGGCCCUCGCCAGGCAAGUGCCAGCACAGGUUGUGUGGUGCCCCCACAAGAAGCAGAACUGCUGCUACAGAACUUGAAAAGCAGAGGUCCCAGGGACUGCGUGGUGCUCAUGGCUGCCGCUGGGCACUUUGCUGGUGCUGUUUUCCAAGUAUAAGAAGUGUUGACACACAAAACCUUUCACCGCUACACAGUGCGGGCCAAGUGGGGCACAGCCCAGGGGCUUAGGGAUGCCCGGGGUGCAGCUUCCCACUCUGCUGGAGCCAUCCUGAGGCGCUACAGUGAAGACAUGCUAUAUAAGGAUGUUCGUGACCUGCUGGCAGGGCCAGACUGGGCUAAGGUGCUGGAGAAGGCUGGGACGAUACUGAUGCGUGCACCCCACUCUGGCCAGUCCUUGUUCUUUGGAGGCUGUGAGGCUCCCCUGCAAUGUGGGGAUCCCCGACUUUGGGAUAUCCCCCUCGCUACCCGCAGACCCACCUUCCAAGAGCUACAGCGUGUGCUCCAUAAGCUGACCACCUCACAUGUCCACGGUGAGCCUUCUGUCCAGAUCCCCAGACUCCCGAGACCUUCCCAUACCUCCCGGUUGGAUUUACCUCAGACACACUGGAAGACAAUGAGAGGAAGGAAGGCCAUUGAGGAAGAAAGUAAGUUCCACAGUGAUGAAAAUGAGGCACUCGGGUGGAAUGAGGAAGCUCCCAAACAGGGUUCAGAGUCAGAGGGAGAGGAUGGCUCCCAGGUAGAGUUGGAGCUAGUAGAGGUGACACUGGGGACGCUGGAUCUUCGUGAAUUUGAGGUAUUGCCCAAGCAGAGGAGGAGAAAAAGGAAUAAGAGGGAGAGAAACCAAGACCUGGAGGCUGGGGUGCAAAUGAUUCUUUCGCAGCAACCUCGAGAAGAUGAGGCCUUUCCAGAGUCAGCCCCUCUGGGGCCUUCCCCAGAUGAGGCCAAGUCCCCUGGUCAGCCGGAGCUCCGGGAUGUGCUUUUGGCUGCUUGCCGAGCUGGAGGGGGGAUGCUGAAGCUCCGGCCAGCUGCCAGCCCCCUAGACCCUGGAGUUCUGUCUCUGCUCAGUGCCCCCUUGGGCUCUGGUGGCUUCACCCUCCUGCAUGCAGCCGCCAGAGCUGGGAGAGGCUCAGUAGGUGAUGUUGAACUCAUUUUUUGGGUUUUCGCACCUAGGGACUCCCGGCCCCGGCCACAGUACACAGUUGCAGCUGACAAAUCAACACGUGAUGAGUUCCUGAGCUUCAUGGAGAAGAAUCCAGAUGCUUAUGAUUACAGCAAAGCUCAGGUGCCAGGGCCACUGACAGCGGAAAUGGAGGUGUGGCAGGCCAUUCGGAAAAGGGAGCGGAAGGCAGCCCGGUGGCACCGGCAGGAGCAGCAGUGGGAGCAAGAAGAGCAGCGGGGAUUUGCUGCCCUCAGCGACUGAGAGAAGGGAGCUCUGGCUGCAGAGCGCCGACUGGCUGCCCAUUUGGGAACCCCUACCCCUCAGGUCCCCGACCCUGCCAUCAUCAGCGUUCAACACCACUGGAGCUGUGGGACAUCCCUCCAAGGCCUCAUAUUCCCUUUCACUACUUUGAUUUCUUUCCGCUCCAUACGCUGCCUCCAGGAUCAUUGCUGUCGGGCUGAGAAGCCCUCUUCCUGA